AUGCCAAGUGGGGGCCUCGAACAUCCCCACAUGCUCACCCAGCGGCCUCUGCUGCUCCUGCUGUGGCUGCUGUUGCAGCUGGUAACCCGCGCCCAAACAGCACCGGAUGCCCCUAUCGCCCUGACCAGUCUGGACACCUCCAGCACACUGAGUCUGGGGGAGCGUGCGCGGGCCCUGAUGCGGGACUUCCCGCUUGUGGAUGGCCACAACGACAUGCCCCUGGUCCUGAGGCAGUUUAACCGCAAGGGCCUACAAGAUGUUAAUCUGCGCAAUUUCAGCCACGGCCAGACCAGCUUGGACCGGCUUAAAGAUGGUCUCGUGGGUGCCCAGUUCUGGUCAGCCUACGUCCCAUGCCAGACCCAGAAACGGGAUGCUGUGCGCCUCACCCUAGAGCAGAUUGAUCUCAUCCACCGCAUGUGUGCCUCCUAUUCUGAGCUGGAGCUUGUGACCUCAGUUAAAGCUCUGAAUGGUACCCGGAAGUUGGCUUGCCUCAUUGGUGUGGAGGGUGGCCACUCACUGGACAGCAGCCUCUCCGUCUUGCGUGCCUUCUAUAUGCUGGGUGUGCGCUACCUGACACUCACGCACACCUGCAACACGCCCUGGGCAGAGAGCUCAGCUAAAGGCAUCCACCCCUUCUACAGAGAUGUCAGUGGGCUGACCAGCUUCGGUGAGAAGGUGGUGGCAGAAAUGAACCGUCUGGGCAUGAUGGUGGACUUGUCCCAUGUCUCAGAUGCCGUGGCACGACGAGCCCUGGAAGUAUCGCAGGCACCUGUGAUCUUCUCCCACUCGGCUGCCCGGGCUGUGUGCAAGAGCACCCGGAAUGUUCCUGAUGACAUCCUACAGCUUUUGAAGAACAAUGGUGGCAUCGUGAUGGUGUCUUUGUCCGUGGGGGUGUUACAGUGCAACCCGCUAGCCAACGUGUCUACUGUGGCAGAUCACUUUGACCACAUCAGGGCUGUCAUUGGAUCCAAGUUCAUUGGGAUUGGAGGAGAUUAUGAUGGGGCUGGCCGGUUCCCACAGGGUCUGGAGGAUGUGUCCACAUACCCAGUACUCAUAGAGGAGUUGCUGAGGCGAGGCUGGAGUGAGGAAGAGCUCUGGGGCGUCCUUCGCGGAAAUCUGCUGCGGGUCUUCAGCCGGGUAGAGCAGGUUCGGGAGGAAAACAAGGGACAGAGUCCCUCAGAGGAUGAGUUCCCAGAUGAGCAGCUGGGGAGCUCCUGCCGCUCCGUGCUCUCGCAUCUGCAGCAGAGAGAGAACCUGGCUCAAGACCAGAGACUAAGCAGAACUCCAAGGCAUGGGAAUCCUAUUUUGUCAACUAUGCGGUCAUUCUCAAAAUCUUCCCCCAACACAGCCCCAGGCCUCACAGUUAUUGCUGCCUUCCUGGUCCUCAUUCUUUGGCUCUGGUGA